AUGGGCGGAAGAAGAUAUUGCCGUCCACGAAGACCACAGUGGACGUAUGAUCCGUACUCUGCUCACAAGGACGAACACGGCAACAUCUAUGGUCGUGGAGCCCAAGAUAUGAAAUGCGUUGGCUCUCAAUAUUUCGAAGCGAUACGAAGGCAUUUUCAACGUGGGAAGAAGGAGUGGAAAAGGACAAUACACAUUGUAUGGGCUCCAGAUGAGGAAAUAGGAGCGGUGGACGGUAUGCAGAAAUUCGUGAAAAUGCCCGAAUUCCAAAAUCUCAAGUUGGGUUUCAUGCUCGAUGAAGGCUUGGUCGAGACCUCUACCUACAAAGUCUCUUGGCAGAACCCGAAAUCCAUCGUAGGGUUAGGUACAUGUAGCGGGUCACGACAUGUGUUCGAAUUUAUGACACCGGCAGCUGAAAAACUGCAAUCUUUCAUCAACAGUGCAUUGUCGUUUCGAGAGGAGCAACGUCUUCUGUUGAAAAAUGAUUCCACAAAACGGCUAGGUGACGUGAUUACACUGAACGUUACGAAAGUAGAAGGUGGUGUGCAGGUGAACGUACUGCCGGAGAGCUUUACGCUAUUGCUCGAUAUACGCAUACCACCAACGGCCGACUUUGAAAAGAUGGAGGAACGAAUUGCAAGUUGGUGUACAAAAGCUGGACCCGACGUUACCUAUGAGUUUAUUUUGAAAACCGAAAUUUCUGCUGUCACGCCGACGACUGGUGACGAUCCAUUCUGGUCAGCGUUCAGGAAGUCUCUUGAGGACGAAAACUGCAAAUUUGACAAGGAAAUUUUCACCGGCGCCACCGAUUCACGAUUUGUACGAGAGCUCGGGUAUCGAUCCAUCGGCUUCUCACCAAUGAUCAACACUCCGUCCUUACUACAUGACCACAACGAAUACCUCAAUGAAGCAGUGUUUCUGAGAGGUGUCGAGAUCUAUGAAACUCUAAUUGACAAUCUCGCUAGCGUAGAAGAUGUAUGGUAUACUAUUUAA